AUGUAUUCUUCUGUCACUUGAUAAAAUUUGACAGAUUUUAUGCCACAUUUUGUAAAGCCAAAAAUGCGUUUUACUAAAGUUUUGUUAUUAUUUAGCAGUUUUUUAGUAUUUGCAAUAGCUAAACCAGCCUACAUCAACGACCAAAUAAACGAUAGAUAUGAAGAAGCGGAGGAGGGUGAUUACGACGCUAUCGACGAGGAGGGGGGCGUGGAGGAGCCGGCGGAUCUGCAGGAGGAGGCUAAUGUGAAGGAUUCCCGAGCCAACUACGACGCUGAAGAGGAACCGCCGAGCGGCCCCGAGGCCGAGCGACAGCUGCGGCGGGCGAGACUGCAGGCGAGGAUACAGGCACAGGCUGAAGACAGGAAUGCCGACGAAGAAAGUGAACAAACCGUGCAAGACAGUGAAGACGCCGACGAGGAUCCCGAGCCCCAAGACAACAGACAACGCAGCGCCACGGACUACGAGAAUGAGGAGAGACCGCGCCCGCGCCAGCACACGCCCGCGCGCAACCGGUACAAACACUACCGACAGAGAGAAUACGACGCCAGAAACAACCGCAUGCCACAACAGAACCUUGACGAUGAAGCCGCUCUCGAGAACAGCGGCAGCGUACACAAUCAAAAACAGAAAUACAGCAAUGUCGAAUACUCUGAUGCCAACGAUGAUAGCGACUACGAAAAUUACCGUAACUACAAUACUAUGAAUGCCAAAAACAAGAAAGGUAAAAUAGACAGUAGCUUCUACGGAAAUAUCACGGCCAACCGACAAAGGCGACAUGCUGAUGUUCAAAAUGCCACCUCAGCGCCCGUCGAGAAGCCAGCAGGUGAAGUGGCGAAAAAGGAGGAAGAAGCAGCAAUUAAGCGACACAUAGAUAAACUUACCACUGACGAACUCGAACAAUUGUUAAGUACCCUUUCUGAAGAUAAAAGGACCUUGCUCGCGAAGAUUAUUAUGGAUAACGAUAAGAAUAUCAAUGCUGCUAAACUGAUUGAUAAUAGUGAUCUUAGAAAAAGAGAAAUAACUAAAAAGGCCGGUGCGAUGAAUGAGAAUAACUUAAUUGACAGUAAUCAGCUGGAUGAAAAAGCCCAGGGUGGUGCAGAUAUCAGCUCUGAUGUAACUAAUUUGCUAAGUGGUAAUGGAACCAUUAAUAAUAUGGUAGUUGAAGCUGAAAACAUAACUGAUUCUACCCAAUCUGCUUUAGUAGCUGAUAAGACUGAAGUUAAUAAAGAAGUUAAUCUGGUAGCGAAUGCUGCCGAACCUGCUGCGGAUCCUACUCCCAAAAGUUCAGAUCCUGAACAACAGAGUCCAGCUAAGACUGCCAACAAACGAGAGGCCAGGUAUGAUCAUUUUAGAGCAGACAAUUCUGCCCUCAUGGAUCAAAACUUAUUGGAUGAACAAGAAAACUUCUGCAAUCGGGACGAUCAACUAACCGAUUAUGCAAACGAAGAAUCAGAUAUGUACGAAAACAAUAAUAUUCGUAAACGACACAUAAUAUACGAGCAAGAGAACUCUGAUAUCAAUGAUUCUAUGAAUUCAUUAGAGGAUUCCUUUGGUAAUUCAAACACCUACGACGAAAUUGAUUCCGGAUCGGACAUGGAACCACAUGUGAGGGUAAAAAGGAAAAACCCAGAUUUGGUUGUAAAGAAGAGAGCUGCUGCCCUCCUUCCGGAAUCGAAAGUGGCGUAUGUGCCCUUCAGGACCGAAAAUGAAGACGACGACACCGCUGAAGCUAACGAGUUCGAAGAUGACGGUUUGUAUGUUCGACCAUCCAACUUAGAAGGGGACCUGAACAACAAAGAAGUGCCACAGUCUAAAGUGCGCAGCAAUAAGAAAAGAUUUAAUUUUAGAGCAUCGGACAGUAAUAGGCAAGCGAGUGAUGUUGGUAUAGGGUCAGACUCCGACAGUGUGUUAUCAGGCUCGGAAGGAGUCGAUGACAAUUUGAUGUUCAAUAACGCCGCACGUAACAAGCGCUCUGCUAAUGUCGGCGCACAGUACACGAACGAAAAUGAAGAUGCUGAUAAGUUAAAUGACCGUGCUGAAAUGGCUGCAGAAUCACAAAAACUGUCUGACCAUAACAUGAAUCUUGCUUACCAAGAAAACGAUGCGUUUGGCCCUCUGCCUAGAAACUAUGAAGGUGAAUUGAACAGGUAUAAAAGGAUACGUCGUGUGAAACAUCUCCCCGCUUCCCAUGAUAAUGAAUAACUUUAGUUCAUAGUGUCCAAGAGCUUCUAAUGUAUGAUACUAAGGUAUAGUCCAUUUCAACUUAAAUAGUAGGUACUUAUCGUUAAUUUAGUUUAUAGUUAAUUUACCAUGUUUUAUAGUAGUUGUUUAUAAGAUUCAAUGUUAUGGAUUUGCUGUUUGUAUGUAUCUAAUUAUAAUAAAUAUUUCUAUUGACUCAUAA